GUCGUCGCCGAACCUUCCCGCAUUGCAUUGUUUAUGCUCUUCCCCGCCGACUUCGUCGUCCUCGUCCUCGUCCUCGUCCUCGUCCUCGUCUUCUUCUCCCUCCCUUGGUAGAGAGAGAUAUAUAGAGAGAAAGGUGGGCUCUAGGGUGCGGCCAUGGCGUCGUUGUCGUUGUCGCGACCGUUGAUGAGGGGGAUAAGGCCCCCCAGGGUGUUCCCGAGGGGGAGAUCGUCGCCGUACGCGGUGGCGCUCACGGCGCUCCUCAUGGUGUCGGUGCUCCUCCUCAUGCUCCUCGCCCUCGGCAUCUUCUCCCUCCCCAUUCGCAACCCCGUCGACUCCCCCGCUUCCCAUCGCCGCGACAGAUCCGUCGCCGAUACCACGACGGAUGGAUUGGGGGAGAGAGGGCCACAGUGGACAGAGGUGAUCUCGUGGGAGCCGAGGGCUUUCAUCUACCAUAAUUUCCUGUCUAAAGAAGAAUGUGAGUAUCUUAUUGAAUUGGCAACGCCUCACAUGGUGAAGUCAACAGUUGUUGAUAGUACUACCGGCAAGAGCAAAGACAGCAGGGUUCGCACAAGCUCAGGCAUGUUUCUUCUAAGAGGACGAGACAGGAUCAUCCGAGCCAUCGAGAAAAGGAUUGCGGACUACACAUUUAUUCCUGCCGAGCAUGGAGAGGGACUCCAAGUUUUACAUUAUGAAGUUGGGCAGAAAUAUGAACCUCAUUUUGACUACUUUCUUGAUGAAUUCAAUACUAAAAAUGGAGGCCAGCGGAUGGCAACUCUUCUCAUGUAUUUGUCAGAUGUUGAAGAAGGUGGUGAGACUAUUUUCCCUGAUGCCAAAGGCAAUAGCAGCUCCUUACCAUGGUAUGAUGAACUAUCAGAAUGUGGCAAGAGAGGCGUUGCGGUGAAACCGAAGAUGGGUGAUGCGUUACUUUUCUGGAGCAUGAAGCCAGAUGCCUCUCUAGAUCCGUUAAGUUUGCAUGGUGGAUGCCCUGUGAUUAAAGGAAAUAAGUGGUCGUCUACAAAGUGGAUGCAUGUCCACGAGUAUAAAGUCUAAAUUACCAAGCUAGAGAUUUAUCAGCAGAUUAUACAGGUUGCGGUACAGCAAGAUGCUUCCCUUCCGCUUCACAGCUUAACAUCUUAUUCUUCGUCAUUCUCAUUAUUGAGGGGUAAUAGUAGUUAAUUGCAUCAGGGAUUUUGCAGAUGGUGUUGAGAAUUGAUCGUUAACAUUUUUGAAUGCAUUUUAUAGUAACUAACUGAAAACUUUGUAUUGUCCUGGUGUUUAUAAGCCUAGUUUUAAGAUAAGAGUUUAAUAUUUUUCUCUUUUCUUUUAA